UCAAAACACGCUCAACCUGAGGGGCGCCGUGUUCCUUUACUUUCUUGCAUCCUCCAAUUCUGCGCUUCUCUUAAGCUGAGGACUCCAAAACUCAGUCAAUUGACCGCGGUAACUUGUGCUCAGAGACUCUGAUCAUCCGCCUGUCCUUACGGUCAGUGUGACACGCAAAACACCUUCCUGUCUGCCAGGUCUCCACUCAGUCAAGCCCAUCACGCGGCCGCGUCUCAUUCCAGCAUUCAUUGCAAGGCACCUUGGCUUAACCAUGUCCUCCAACAAGAGUGGUGGGGCUGGUGGAGGAGGCAUUGCCACCAUUUAUGUCCAUGCCGGCGCUGGCUUCCACAGUGUGCAGAACGAACAUCUACAUCUGCAGGCAUGUGAAAAGGCCGCGCGAUCAGGAAUGGCCGUUCUGCGCAAUGGUGGAACGGCUGUAGAGGCGGUCGAAAUGGCCAUCAUGUAUCUGGAGGACACUGAAAUCACCAAUGCUGGCUAUGGCAGUAACCUGACAAUUGAUGGAGAGGUCGAGUGCGAUGCUACGAUUGUCAAUCAUCUCGGGCGAAGCGGCGCAGUCGGAGCUGUGUCCCAAGUGAAAAAUCCCAUCAUGGUGGCACGAAGCAUCUUAAAUACGUCAGGAAAGCCAUUAACCCUGGCUCGUGUGCCGCCUAAUUUCCUGAUUGGACGAGGUGCAAGGGACUUCGCCUAUGAUCAGGGACUGGUGGUCCUGCCUUCUGAUGCUCUCGUGGCUCCGUCUGCAAAAGAAAGAUGGCGUCGCUGGCAGCAGGAGCUACAAGCCGCCGAGCACAAGGAAAGGACCAAGCUGGGGAACUAUAUCCCGUACCAGACUUGUUAUCGCCGUCCCAUUCCUUUCAACCCUGCCCAAUUGGCCAACGCUUCCAGUCCUCGUCUUCCCGCUUUGCCUGCGCCCAGCGCUGUGGUUCCCGGUUACUCGGAGCCUGCAGACCCGCGUUUGACCUGUACCACUGCAAGUCUAUCCCCAGUGGAACCAACCCGCACACUUUCCGAUGCUUCUGCACUUAGGGAUGGCAGGUACAUGGAUGGAGGGCCUUGCACUUCCGCUGUGGAUCUCAGUGGACCGUCGUCCGAAACCUCUGAGGCCACUGUUAGCCAGCCUGCGGAGGUGAUGGACUAUGUUAGCGAUACUGUGGGGGCCAUUGCUGUGGAUAGCUGGGGCAAUAUUGCGGCCGGCUCGUCUUCUGGCGGCAUCGGGAUGAAGCACUCCGGUCGUAUCGGACCUGCGGCACUCGUGGGAGUUGGCACAAGUAUAAUCCCUGCUGACCCCAAUGAUCCAGAGAAGACCAGCGUCGCAGCCGUGACUUCGGGAACUGGCGAACAUAUUGCGACUACGAUGGCCGCGCAUACGUGCGCUAUGCGGAUCUACUACAGUCAGAAGAAACACAACGACGGCACAUUCGAGGAUGUUACCGAGGAGGAAGCAAUGAGCUCUAUGAUCGCAUCCGACUUCAUGGGCCAUCCCGGUGUUCGUGGAAGCAAAUGUCAAGCUGCGAUCGGCAUUGUUGCUGUCAAGAAGACUACGCAUGGCGUCUACCUCUAUUUCGGACACAACACUGACUCAUUCGUCAUUGCUUCGAUGAGCAGCGAGGAUAAACAGCCGGUGUGUGUGAUGUCCCGCAACAAUGGCAAUGGUAGCAUUGCUCAGGGCGGCCGCGCCACUCGAAGCAAACCCAUGUCGCAAGCCAAGUAGUGGCACCCGGUCAAGAUCGACAUUUGCUUUCACCAAUUACCUAGCGUACAUCUACUGUUGCGCUCAGAGUGUUGACCAGUUUACAAAGUAAGUGACUUGUUUUUUAUCAUUUCGUCUGCCAUCAAAACUUCGUGGUGUUAUGUACCGGGUGUAAAACGCUCAGUAUCGCACGCUGACGCCUCCUCCCCUCGAAGGCCAGAUUCUCGAUCGAUGCUUCGUGUCAAUUCCAUUGUUGGGGCGACGAUCCAAGUCUAUUCUCGCUCAUAGCUCUUCCAC